GGAAAAUGUAUGCACUCACUAACUGUAAGUCACUCUGGAUAAGAGCGUCUGCUAAAUGACUAAAAUGUAAAAAUGUAAAUGUAUUUUAUUACACGAUAGGUGGUCUAAUAACUUUCUGAACUCAACAGAGGCAUUGAACUCACUGAUCAGAUUUGGUCAAAUCACACUUCAACUUGCAUGCAUAUAUAUUAUUUAUUGACACUAAAUGCAUCCCUGACAUUAACAGUGUCUCAAAUGUAAAAUAUGUCAAUAUAGAAAGCAUUGUGAGUAGGUAAACUUGUCAAUCUCCUCCCAUUUAACUUUGAGAUUGUGAUAUAGUGACCUUGAUCAAGACACUUCUAACCUCUGGUAGCCUUAGCCAACUUAGAAAUUGAAGUUUACCCUUAUCGAUUUGCAAGGCAUGAAUUUGACGUUGCCACCCCCUCAUGCUGUCUUGUAAAGCUGUUGGGCACACUUCAGGCUAAGAGGUCCUUUGUUGAACUGGUAUGAACAGCCUCUAUCAGAAUGAGGUCAAGGAGCUGAAUAAAAUAUGGCUAGACAUUGUCCCUGCCAAGGUUUAUGGUCAGUGGGUCAAACAAUGAGGCAAUAUCAAUAUAGACCGCCAGUGAUUAUAAAUUGUCAAGACACUAUCAUAAGUCGCUCACUUGUAUCUCAGACACUUAGACUAGGCAGUCAGACGGACACAGUCAGAGUUACUCUUACGGUCCAAACAGACACAAUGGGAGUUGAGAAAAUGGAGCUGGAUGAGGGACACUCGACUCUGAUGAGUGGCACCAAGAAGCCUCCCAUGGUUCGGCCUCCCAACACAUUUGAGCGCAUCAUCCAGCCCUGCCUGGCAGAGGUGGUGGGCACCAUGUUCUUCGUCUUCAUCGGGUGUGUGUCGUUCAUCGAGAACGUUGAGUCUGCAGGCAGGGUACAGCUGGCGCUGGUCCAUGGCCUGGCAAUGGCCGUCAUGGUGGCAUGCAUGGAUGAGAUCAGAUCGUACAGAUGUUGUGAUAUUCUACAGGCAGCAUCCUCCAUCAUCAGCUAUGCCAGUGCAGCAGGGGGAGCGUUCAACGUGGUUAAAACCAGUGGAGCUAUCGGCAGUGCCACCGUAGCAGAGAUGGUCAUGACCCUCUUCCUGUCCCUGGUGGUCUGUAUGGGGGCUGUCAACGGCAGGACCCGUACUCCACUGGCUCCACUCUGCAUCGGGCUCACUGUGACUGCUUGCAUACUUGCUGGAGGGUCAGUAUCUGGAGGGUGCAUGAACCCAGCGCGGGCGUUUGGCCCUGCAGUGGUAGCUAACUACUGGGAGUACCACUGGAUCUACUGGGUGGGACCGGUUGCAGGGGCCCUUAUCACUGGCAGCUUGGUCAGGUUGUUGUUGGGAGACCAGAAAACUCGUCUUGUUCUGAAGUGAAUAUGUCGUCUCUGAGGAAUGGGGGCCUUUUUGACAACGUCUUUGCCAUGCUUUUUUUCAGAAACAAUGUAAUUAUCUUCCCAAAUAUUUUAUUGCCUUCUAUAGCUUGCAGAACUUUUGUAUUUCACAUCUUGUUGUACACGUCAUAUUGUUUUGAACCGUAGUGAACUAUAAAACAAAAACAAUUUGCAUAAAUAUAUUACAUUCAAACCUGU